AUGCCAACGGUUCAAGUCGAACGAGACCAAUUAUUCAAGCUUCUUGGCAAAGAAUAUAGUGAGUAUUAAAGCGAUCGGAGGAUAAAACAGUUGUUGUUGUGAUGUACUGAUGGUAGUAUAAAUAAAUAUUAAUUAUUAUCCUAGUCACGUGUGUUAUAAUAUGUACCAUAAUCAAUCGAUUAUAACUCUAUUAACCGUGAUUAAAAUAAGUAUAAUCAUUAAAAUAAUCAAUCUAAUUAGUGAAUUAGUUGAUUUCAUGUUUUAUUGGCCUGAUUUAUACUAGAGGCAGAUUAUCUGUCUAGACGACAAUUUUAAACGAGUUGUUCAUGUGAUCUUGAUCUGUGAUCAGGCCUUUAUUUUUCAGUCUGGGUGGGCGGCAGGCUGGGGGAGAAAAAUGAAGGCUCAAUACAAAUGUUAUUGAAAGUUCAUGUCCUACAAACGCCUAGUUUACGGAUGUAGCUCUGAUUGGCUAGGCAUAAAAAAAAUACCUGUGGUUCCUGUUCCUGACUGACCCUAUUUUUUUCUGCUGACCCUAUUAUUUUUUCAACGCGAUUGACCAUGCGACCCUAUUUUCUCCGGGUGGUUGUGGGCUGCUGCCAAAAUGGCGUCUGUUGUCACACUAAUUAUUGAAAAAAUUGUUUCCGACCUACCGACCCUAAUUUUUUUGCGAUAUGAAACCAGAACCACUGAGUGAGGGUUUAUUUUUACGCCCUAUUUCUACCAUGAGUAUACCACACACCAUAACCCAUUGAGUGCCAGCGCUCCCCUUGAUGAGAAGAACUGAAUCAACUGAUCUCACUAUUCCAGCUAGUUUGUCUCAGUAGAUCAUGAUCUUAUGUUUACACCAUGUGGAUUACAUGCCUAAAUGGUCAGAUGAUAUGUCUCCACAGAUUAACCAUUAAUAUGCAAAACUCUACUUUUCCUUUUAAUAAUGAGUAAAAUCAUUUGGUGUUUAGACAGUAAAAGUCAGAUGCAUUUGGGCACAUUGCACAAAUUAUGUUUACUUUGUAGCUGAUGAAGAAUUUGAUGAACUAUGUUUUGACUUUGGAAUUGAACUUGAUGAAGUGGUACAGUACUGUAUUAUUCAUGUUACUAAAAAGAUGACAGAGGGAUGGCAUUAUUAACUGCCUUACUAAUUUCAUAAAUUGGACUAAUAUGACGUCUUUCCUUCUGAGAGGUGCAGUGUGCGCGCCUAUUUCCUUUUACAAUUCCAGACAUCAUAUGUAUAUAAUGAUGUAGUUGUCUGUUUUAGGAGAAAAGUCCUUUCUGUAUUGAUAGUUGUUGACUUGUUGUGUUCAUCAUUGUAGACAUCAGAAAAAGUAAUGAUUACUAAAGAACAAGGUCAAGAUAAAGCCGAAACUGCUUCAGAUAAAGUCAUUUAUAAAAUUGAUGUCCCUGCAAACAGGUAGGCCUACAGUAGGUAAUGUGUGCCAUGUCAGAAGACAGAGCAGCAGUUUUGGAAGGAAACAAAAGAAAGUAGCAUUAUAUUUAACAAUUAUUUGCCGAAGGCGAGGUGAUUAUCGGUGAAUAAAAACCGAGACGAAGUCGAGGUUUUUAUUCACGAUAAUCACCGAGCCUGAGGUGAAUAAUUGUUUUAGUACAAUUUCAUAGGUGAUUAUUUGGGAAAAAUAAGAAAAUACACAUUUCUUCGUCAUUUAAUUGACAAAAAGGCUUUGGCCGCCAUUUUGAAAAUCGCUUAGGUGAUUAUUGCGUAAUAAUCACCUCAACGGCAACCAAUCAGCGUGGAGAAUUUUCAAUAAUCACCUAUGUAAUUAUACUAAAAAGAAUUAUUAGAUGUACUAAAUUAGCCUUACUUAGCCAACAUAAAUGCCUUUCUCACACUGGCCAAAAUCCACCAUUUUUGAGGUACUGUCUUCCCUUGUAAAAUGAUGUAGACAAUUACAACAAUGAGAAAAGUGACUUUACAAAGUUGUAAAGUUCUGUAAUUUACCAUAGAAGUUUUAUGUGAGAAAGGCUAAUUGUUUGCCUUUUAAUAUUUUAUCAUUUUCAUUAAAAUAAAAGUUGCUCAUAAUUUUACCUUUAGAUAUGAUCUGCUAUGCAUUGAAGGAUUAUCAAGAAGCUUAUUGGUCUUUCUACAGAAGUGUGUUAUUGAAGCAUUUUAUAAUAAUUUUAAUGUGCUUGAAAAAUAAAAAUUAUAUGUACAAAAUGUAGAAUAGAAUGUUUAAAAGUAGCUGAAAUUAUUUCUGUAGAAUCAAAGCUCCGAGAUAUCAUCUGUCAAAACCUGAUGGUCCUUUGCAAAGACUCACCAUAGCAAAACAGGUGCUUACAAAAUUGCUAGAUUCGCUUGGUUCAAAGUUUAUUUAUUAACUUCGGCCGUUUACACGAACAUAAACAAGGAAAAUACAAACAGGAGAACGGCUCAGGAACACAGCGUGAGUCAAUUACGUUAGCGACCUGAAGUUAAGAAGAAGUGGAAGAAGUAUAAUUAAUGGAAGAAGUAUAAUUUAAUUGGGUGAACGGAUUCAACAAGUGCAAUUCUGAUUUGUUAAUCUUAGUACUGUUGGAAUUUCCAUCAAAUAUGUCAAAAUCAAGUGAACUUGUACCCUUUUCUUCUACGUUUCUUUUCAGACUGCCCAGGUUCGUCCUUAUUGCGUCACUGCAGUCCUACGAGAUGUCACACUGACGCAGGUAAAUAUUUAUGCACAGUACUUUUCUACUUCUAAUAACAACAAGGUCUCUAGAUAACUACUGUAAACUAUGAUUUAAUCAAUACUAGUCCAUGUUCUUUUUCUUGAUAGGAAGGUUACAACAGCUUUAUUGAACUACAAGAUAAACUUCACCAGAAUAUCUGUCGCAAGCGAUCAUUGGUCGCAAUAGGAACUCACGACUUGGACUCAAUCAAAGGGCCAUUUCUAUAUGAUGCAAGGCCUCCACAAGAUAUCAAGUUUAUACCUUUAAAUAAGGUAUACUGUUGUUUAUAUCUAAAGUUAAACAGUUGCCAAGAAAACAGGGUGCGAUAAUUCACAUACUUAUACGUACUAGAAGUACGCAAAUAUUAUGGACUGGUACUUCUUUGUUUUGGAACAGGAACAUUUAUGGGAAUGGAGAGAAGGUUUUCAUACAUGUAAAUUGCUCUCUGUAUCCAUAGAACACAUGUUGUCACACAAAACAAAUCAAAACACACACUGUUUUAAAACUUCAUUUAUUUUAUUUUUGUAGGACAAAGAAUACACCGCAGUUGAACUUAUGGAACUGUAUCAGGUGCUUUAUCAUUCGUCUUUGCGUAGAAUUCGCGGUCAUAUCAUGGAAUGUUUUAAAUAUAACUAAAAAAUCUUGUAUGUAAAAAGUAUACCACCUGAAUAUUAAACUAUGUACAACAAAAAAACAAUGUCAUUGGGAUUAUAUUGUCCAAUUGACAUUGUUUUCCUCCAAUUAUGAAAAGAGUAAUUGGAUGAACCUUCCUAAUCAACUUCUACGAGUCUGCAACGUUGAUUUCAGAAAGGUACUGUAUUUACCAGUCUGAAAAUGUGGGACUUUAGGUAUGCUGACACAUGACAUACGAAUAGACUGCACUGCAUCUUUAAUGAUAAAAAAUUGAAUGAUAACCAUUAUCUAUGCAAAUUUUUUUUAUCGUUAAAAUCCUUGUUUUUCUUUUCUCUUCUUACAGAGUGAUAACAACCUAAAACACUAUUUACACAUUAUAAAAGAUAAACCUGUAUAUCCUGUUAUAUAUGACAGUAAUGGCAUCGUCCUUUCUAUGCCUCCGAUCAUAAAUGGUAAGCCAUGCCGCAUAUAUUUCCGGAGUAAUUUGAGUUCAUAUAGAUGUUGAGGUAGUGUUUUACUGUGCAGGGUGAAAUUUAUGUGGCUCAUUUUAUCCCACCAGGAAACCACUCAAAGAUCACUUUGAAUACUAAGAAUAUCUUUAUUGAAAGCACAGCCACGGAUCUACGGAAGGUGAAUAUACGUAUAGAAAUAUGUUAUUAACAAGAUGUGCAAAUAUUUUGUGUGAUGUCUUCUAUUCUGUUUUCUCUUUCUUCACUUUAUAGGCUGAAAUUGUUUUGGAUACUCUGGUUACAAUAUUCAGUGUGUAUUGCAAACAGAAGUUUAUGUAAGUUUCAAAUACAUCAAAAUAAGUUAAUAAGCACCAGAGGCAGAGAGAAUAAAUAAAUUUUCUGAAACUUUUAGUGUAGAACAAUCAGAGGUUGUACAACCGGAUGGAAGUGUUGUUUUAUAUCCGGUAAGUUUUCUUGUUUCAAAUGCCUGGUUUUGAAUACUACAGGAUAACCAUGAUGUAAAUACAGUAAUACUGCUUGUUGAUUUCAUACUUUUUAGAAACUGAAUUAUAGACAUGAAACAAUUUCGGUCAAAGAAACAAACACAAAAGUAGGAAUAAAGUACGUUGUUUUUAUUUUUCCAUAAAUACCUACAGGUAUAGGUUAUCGUUAAAGGAAUGUUAUCCUCGCACACUUAAAGCCUAUUAAUUUAUAUGGUGGAAAAGGUUGAAAUGUAGAGAACAAGUUCUGAUCCAUUUAUUUGACAACUAAAGUUGUUAUCGUUGAUUUUGUUUUGUCAUCUUUCAGUGAAAGUGCCGAAAGAAUAGCCGAUCUCUUAACAAGGAUGUGUUUAAGUAGUGAAGUAAAGGAUGGCGGAAAAUCUAUUGAAGUUGAAAUACCACCAACAAGAGCUGAUAUCCUUUUCAGUGUUUAUUUUUCCUAUAUUAUUUAUUCGACUCGUGUUAA